AUGCAGAAGACGAAGGACUGCGACUCGUUUCUCUUGAAUUUGAAAAACACGCUGACCCCACCUGUGUUGGAUUCCACCGGUUUUACCAACCGGUUCAUGACCCGGAGCUUAAAUAGGAGACAUAGAGACAGAAUUCGUCAUUCGCUCAUUCUCUACACACAGACACACACGCUGUUCUUAGACCUCAUACUCUCUCCGGCAGCAACAAGCAUACGCUUUCGAAUACCUGUUCACAACUUCAAGUACACUUCUCUAAGAAGCAGCGGUAGCAGCAAGCAGAGUCGAAUAGAGGACAGCCAGAUCCUAAAUUUCUUCUUGAUCAAGGUCUUAAUCUUGGUCUGA